ACCUACUGGUUGGAGACAUAUUUCCAACCGAGUUGGACCUCCUCAUUGCUGUAAAACGACAGGGUCAAUGUGGUCCCAUUACCACGGAGACAAAUAUAUUUUAUUUGUUGGUAUUAAAAUAUUAAUUCUGGAAGAAAGAAGUCAACAUUUGAGUCACCGCUCACUCUGUUUUUCCCAAGGUGUGGAACGUAAGGAUCUGAUUUCUCUGGGGUGGCCAGCUUGCUAGCAGGCUGCGGUUCGCCAUAGUUGUUGUUUACUUGAUGUAGGCUGGAAGAUAUCAGAGAUGUGGGCCUUUUUCGCUCGGGAUCCAGUCAAAGACUUUAAUUAUGACAUUUUACCGGAAACUCAAGAAACGUCCGGAAUAUGGACACUACAUCGGGGCAAACGAAAGACAGGUGGGGAGCCAGUAUCAGUGUUUGUGUACGAGGUGUCAACCGGGACAGAGGAACAGACCCAGCUAGCAAAGGCAGCGUUCAAACGCAUGAAGACCCUUCGACAUCCCAACAUCCUGGCCUACGUAGAUGGAUUGGAGGUGUGUGUCUGUCGACAGAGAAGAGCCUGUACCUGGUCACAGAGCAGGUCACCCCCCUGGCAGCCCACCUGAAGGCCCAGUCAGACCGGGGGGGCUCUGGGGAUCUGGAGAUGUCCUGGGGCUUUCAUCAGAUUGUGAAAGCCCUUAGUUUCCUGGUGAAUGACUGCCACCUCCUUCACAACAACCUGGGUAUCUGGUCUGUGUUUGUGGACCGAGCCGGAGAAUGGAAGCUUGGCGGUCUGGACCACAUGACCCCAGAGAAUGAGGACGCCUCCACAUCACUACCCUCUGCUAAAGCUGUUCACUCUGACAUGGACAAAUACGACCCCCCUGAGUCACCAAACGGUGGAGAGAAAUGGGCUGGGGAUGUGUGGCGGCUGGGCUGUCUGAUCUGGGAAGUGUUCAAUGGUCCACUGCCCCGAACCUCCUCCCUACGCUCCCUCGGAAAGAUCCCUAAAGCAUUGGUGCCACACUACUGUGAGUUGGUAGGGGCCAAUGCCAGGGCCCGGCCAAACCCAGCUCGCUUCCUCCAGAACUGCAGAGCUCCUGGAGGUUUCCUUAGCAACAGCUUUGUGGAGAGCAACCUUUUCCUUGAGGAGAUCCAGAUCAAAGACCCAGCAGAGAAGCAUCAGUUUUUUCAGGACCUGAGUGAGAACCUGGACUCAUUCCCAGAGGACUUCUGUAAGCACAAGGUGCUGCCACAGCUACUCACCGCCUUUGAGUUUGGCAAUGCUGGUGCUGUCGUCCUCACACCUCUGUUUAAGGUGGGUAAGUUCCUGUCUGCGGAGGAGUACCAGCAGAAGAUCAUUCCUGUCAUUGUGAAGAUGUUCUCUUCUACAGACCGGGCCAUGAGGAUACGACUGCUUCAACAGAUGGAGCAGUUUAUUCAGUAUCUAAAUGAUGCAGCGGUGAACUCGCAGAUCUUCCCUCAUGUUGUUCACGGUUUCACAGACACAAACCCAGCCAUCAGAGAACAGACUGUCAAGUCCAUGCUGCUGCUGGCCCCCAAGCUGAAUGAGAGUAAUGUGAAUCAGGAGCUGAUGAGGCACUUUGCACGACUGCAGGCGAGAGACGAGCAGGGACCAAUCCGCUGCAACACCACCGUGUGCCUGGGAAAGAUCGCCCCCUACCUCAACGCUGGGACGCGGCAGCGAGUGUUGAUCUCUGCGUUCUCUCGGGCCACUAAGGACCCGUUUCCCGCUUCUCGGGCGGCCGGGGUUCUGGGCUUCGCAGCAACGCACAACUACUACAGUGUGACGGAGAGUGCAGCACGAGUACUGCCAACGCUCUGUACCCUCACUGUUGACCCUGACAAGAAUGUUAGAGAUCAGGCGUUCAAAGCCAUCAAGAGUUUCCUGACAAAGCUGGAGACUGUUUCUGAAGAUCCAACCAAGCUGGCUGAAAUAGAAAAGGAUGUGAUGUCAUCAGCCCAGCCGGCGGGGGCAGCAGCCAGUUGGGCAGGCUGGGCAGUGACGGGGGUGUCCUCUCUGACCUCCAAGCUCAUCCGAACCGGCCCGGGGGCAGAGGUGGGCGGCCCGGCCAACAACACACCUGUUGCUGCUAAUACUGCCUCUCCUCGCACAGGGAACCCUGUGACAGAUGGUGUACCCGUGGGCUCUGAAGUUAAACCACCAACGGCCUCCAUGACUCUACCCUUUGCUUCUGGCCUUGCUAUACAAUCAGACUCCCCUAAGGUGACAGAGAAGGACGAGGAGCCAAUUGGAGACCGUUGGGAUGACGAGGACUGGGGAAGUUUAGAGGACGCAGAGAAGGUACAGGCAGCUGACCCAGAUGACUGGAACUCCUCUGAUUGGUCAGGAAUGUCAUCAGUCAAAAAGAAGGCCAGUGUCAGAGGAGUGUCUCUAGCCUCCUCUGAGGCAGUAAAAAAGCAGAGCUCUGAUUGGAGCAGCUCGGGUUGGGAUGCCGACGACAGCUGGUCCAAUGAGAAGGAGGCUGACAUCCAGGGUCAGAGUUCACCGGGAGAGGAUGGGUGGGACAAUGACUGGGAGGAGGAGGGUAGGACUGCGCCAGCCACUAAGAGUGCUGCUUUGCCGGAGGGGGUUCGGUUAGCCAGCGAGUAUGACUGGGACAUUAAGGGAGACAUGCAGACUGACUUCCUCGCCAAUGUGUCUCAGAGAGCAACGCCCACCCCCACUGCUAUGGUUGAUGGCUGGAGUGCAGAGCCUGCUGGAGACUGGGGAGCCGAGGAGAGCUGGGAGUCUGUGGGCGGAAGUCCAGCAGGCCUAAGCAAGACAGAGCUGGCCAAGAAGAAGCGUGAGGAGAGGAGGAAAGAACUGGAGGCCAAACGGGCAGAACGCAAGGCAGCUAAGGGUCCUCUCAAACUGGGCGCUCGGAAACUGGACUGACUGGAAAGAAAAGGAGGGCUGGCGGAAGACGGGAAGCAAAGCAGACCGUGUGCUGUGAUAACUUUUCCCUGACUCCCACAGAGAGGGUGGACUGUAUGGAAGGAUCAACAUUCCAUAAUCAAAAUAACAAGAGAAACUGUGAACUGGACGACGGUGCAAGCUGCUUAUUGUUUGAGAAAGGGAUAAGAGACAGGACUCAUCCAGACUAUUCUGGGGUUUAAACAUCACAUAUUUAAUUUGUGUAUUUGUCUGAAAAGGACUGACAAAAAAAAUCUGAACAUGUUUUUAUAAAUAAAUGAUAUCAAUGUUG